UGUUCCGAUGGGAGCUCCAGUAAGUACGGCGCGACGAGCGGUGCGAUUGUGCGAAAGAUAUAGGACUUAUGGCCGCGACUCUACCAACAGAUGAUUGGUCGCGCCGCGGCGGGUUCUCCACAGCUCGGAACUCGCAAAAAUCUGUCGAAAGUCUGCACACAUGCAAGUCUCUUCCAAGAAGACGAAACACAUCUCGUACAUCGCAACGGCUUCGCGUCGUCGUCCUUGAAAUCGGCCUUGGCAAAAAGGAGUCGCGCCGUAAAAACAUAACCCCAAACGCCGAGUCUACCGCAUCGGCAAGAGUGAGUGCGUGUGCGGGUACAGAGAACGCGACACACAAGAGCAUAGACACCGCGCUAAAGCUAGAGCGAGCGAGCGGGAGAGAGAGAGAGAGAGAGAGAGAGAGAGAGAGAGAGAGAGAGAGAGAGAGAGAGAGAAAGAGAUAAAGAGCGGAGCAUCAGCGGCGCGCGCGCCUCCGACUAUUCUCUCUUUCUCGAGCAGUAUGUGAUAUCAAUCCCGACGGUACGUCGUGUGUACGCGCGCUCUCUGGUUCUCUCCCCGCAGGCCACUGUGUACGUUCUACGUUACGCGAAUUCGCCGACUGCUCCCGUCUCUCUGGCAGAGUAGAGGCGGCUCCAUACAUCUCGCCGCAGCGAGCUCCAAAGGGAAGCGGAGACAGUAGAAGAUCUAUCGACGUGCACGAGGAGACUCGCAACAAGCCCUGCGCCGAGAGCACAAGAUGUGGAGGUUCGAGGCCGCUCUCCUCUGCUGCCUGUGCGUGGCGACGAUGCUCCUGCCGCCCUCCACGCUCGCAGGCGGCCAAAGCAAGUAUGGCCAGUCGUGCAGCACGGAAACCCUGGACGGAUCGUCCUGCGGAGAAUUCGAAAGAUGCCAGCAGGAAAGCGGAGGCGGGGCCAAGUGCACCUGCAACAUAGGAUUCGAGUACAUCAACGAGAGAUGCACCAAGACGGCCACCACGCCGGCCCCUACGCCGCCGGUCGUGGAGGAACGCGGCGCGGGCGAACCUCUGGUUGAUGAUAAAGGUGGCAGUUCCGUGGCGGCGAUCCUGCUGGUGCCGACCUGCCUCAUCAUCAUCGGCGCCCUGGGCUACUUCGGCGCGCGGCGGUACAAGUGGCUGCAGCGGUUUCGGCAGUUCCGCCAGAACCGCUACGGUAGUGUCCUCGUCACGAGGGACGACACCGACGACGACGACCCGCCGAUCGCGUAGAACUAUCGUGUGCACUACAUCGAGAACGUGAACUGACUCCGCGGCCGGCUCUCUCCCUCAGUCUGUGUGUGUCCUAUGCCAUUGUUCAGUGGGCAACGAACUUGCAAAAGUCGCGCGGAUAUCGUUAUCCUGUAAGUGGACCGAUGCCGGACGGGAGCAGAUUUCUCAUACUGGCGAGGAUCGAGAAUCGUUGUUGUCGAUGUUGAGUGCGUGCGCAACUGUACCGACCGUCGGGAAGGAGGGUCAUGACGAUGUCGGAGCCGAGAAGAAGAGGAGAUCGUCGGUUGGAUUUUCAAUAGUCAGGCGAGCGGGAAUUUGUGUAUAGCAAAAAGGCCAAAUAUGAAGGAGUUUCUGUGCGAGAGGCGUAGUUUCCUCGACACCACGAUGAUGUAUCCUGGUAGUUUUUUAGAACUUUAAAGUAGCAAGAAAUUUUAUUCGGCAGCGAGAAAUGCGCGAGGGAGUUGUAGAACGGAAUUCAUUAUUUUCGAGUGUUACAGUUUUGAGAGGGAAAUUUUAAGAUGUGCGUCGCCGCCCGCCGAUUCGGCGAAUUGUAUAAAUGUUGUAAAGUGCUGGGAAACUAGCGCUCGCAUAGUCACUCGCAUUAUAUUUAUGUACAUCGAUAGCGGAUUAUGUAGAAGAAAAGAAAAGAAAAAGUUGAAUAUAGAAAAACUGCAUUUAACAUAACUGUACGACAAAAAAAAACGAUGCGCUGAAGACGUAAUUUUCUUUUUUAUAUAUGUAUGAUUAACGAUUAAACGGGUCAGUAGCUUCAUAUAAUGUUCUAUACGUUAUUUAGGGUGUAAUAAUGUGGUAAUUGAAUCUUUAAAUACUCUUGAUAUAGUGCCCAAGACCACUGACAAUUUACACGUAUCCAAUUUUAUAUAGGAUGUAAGAGCACAGUUUCGAUUCUUUGGCGAGGAAUGUGAAACGUGUUAUGUGAUUGCCGAUACGGUUGGUACAAUUAAAUUACAAAGAAAUUUUAUAAGUAUAUGUGAUUUACUUGGAAAUCUUCGACUUCUAUUCAAGUUGAGCACAUCAUUAAAGUUUAAUAUUAUUUUUAUAUGCAUUCAUUGCCUUAAAAAGAGUUGUUUAGAUUCAGUUACAAUUCAGUUUCUGUUGAUCGUUAAGUUGACAUUAGUUGUAACAGGUUAACUCCUGCACAUAUACAUUGAUAAGCUGCCUUUGUUCAAUUGCAAAUUUUCCAAGUCAGGUUUGGCAAAGCAACGUAUUUGAGCCUUCUUUUCUAUGCCAAAUUUAAUGUUAAAAACUUUAAUGUAUUUGUCGUACCUUCUAUAUAUUGAGCAACACUUGUGUAAAUAAUUCGUUUUUAUCAUGAUUUCAAGUGCAUUCUUGCCAUGUCGCACAUUCGUUUAAUUAGCCUAGCUAACUCGAGAUAAAAGUUUAUUUAUGAAAGACUGAUAAAAGUCCUUAAUCAGUCUUCUAUCGUAAUACGCUCAUAAUUGUUCUUCUACUCUUGUAUUUUGUGUACAGAAAUCUUUACGCGGUGAAGAAAAGUCAUCACUUGUAUGACGUGAAACUACUAAGAUCCAUAAAUCUGCGAAUAACGAAAUCUAGAUUCAUUGUCUGGCAUAAUCUGCCGGGUUAAUAGUUUUCGAUUCAAGUGCGAAAAAGUUCAUUUCCGUACGAGCUUGAAGUUGAUAAUCACGUGAGUCGACAACGAACUUUCGCAUGUGUAUCGAAAAAUAUUUUUCGAGUUAGUGUGCUUAAAUCCGACUUUGAAAAAAUUUGUAGGAUGAGCAAAGUUUUGCUUUAAGCACACUGAAUCGACAAUUUUUAACGUAUUUGUUAACAGAACUGUAUAAUGUGUUUAAUGGAUUCUUCCUAAUGGCCAAAGAGAGUAGUUUUCACAUUCGCAAUUUAAACAAGUAAAUAUUUAUGUUUUAACUAAGUUACAUAAUAUAUGUUGCCUUUAUACUUCGAAUUAAGUAUGAUUCUAUUACGAUAUAAACACUAAUAGUACAUUACGAUACGUGUGACUUAAAUGGCUCUUUUUUACACGGCUCAGUUAGCACCCGAGCGCAGCGAGGGCGCUAAGCGCCGUGUAAAACUGAACCAUUUAAGUCAAGAGUAUCGUAUAAAAUUGUAUAGCACAGACGGCUAAAAUCCGCAAGUCUCGCCUAUUCGCGUCUAAAGUAGUCCUUAUUUGCACCGUGAGAUUAGGGCACAAGCGUAGAGAGUGUGAUAAACACGGUGCAAAAAAGGACUGCUUUAGUCAUAGAUAUGCAUGACUUAACAGCGGAUUUUAGCCACACUGUUCUAUAAAAAGAAUUUUAUAUUGAUUGCAAGAGGACCAGAUUUUAUAUAAACCACGAUAACAAGUACGAAAUUUUUUAUAAAAAACUUAAUGAAUUAGCUAAAUCCGACCGUUAUCGCCGAUUUUUGAUACUUUCACUCGUUUGUGAUUAUUCAACUUUUUUGUGCUAAAAUUUCCAUUGGACUGAACACCAUUGCUGUUGAUGCCUUUUGUAAUGCUUCGGUAACAUACAAUAAUUUUUUCUUUAUUUUGUAAAAAAACUUUGAUGUACAAAUCAAUAUUGAUAUCUACAAUUGUUUUUUUUCCAAUAUUAUGCAAAAUGUUCAAUAUAUUCCGACUAUAAAUUAAGUAGAACAAGUCUUGGAUUGUAUGUAACCGCUGCAUUACGUUUUUUAUAUACUUUACUGUGAUGUAUAGGACACUUCGAUUAGAAAUUUAAUAAUAAGCCAUUCGCCUAACUAAAAAAUGUAACAUUUGAUUGUUUCUACAACCAUCAAUUGGUGCGAUUAAAAUGCAUUAAUUUUUUUUAGUGAUUUUUCAUUUGGAUAUGAUGCACCUUCGAAUAAUGCUUUAAAAAUUUUUAUUUUUUUUUUGCUAUAUACUGCGAGAGUUUUAGUUGAGAGAUUAAUUUCUGUCGUCGUGUAAUUUAUUUCAAUUGUAAAAUAAAAUUUCUUCAAAACGUU